AUGAAUUGCUUUAGUUGGAACUGUCGUGGGCUUGGAAACCCAUUGACAGUUCAUGUUUUGUUGGGCCUGAUUAGUCAAGACAGGCAUGAUGUUUUAUUUCUUUGUGAAACUUUAAGUAAUGCUAGACGGGUGGAAAGUGUUCGUGUUCGUUUGCGAUAUGAUAAUUGUUUUACCGUUGAACCGGUGGGGCGAAGUGGAGGUCUCGCUCUCUUAUGGAAUGGGGGUCUCGACGUUGAGGUGAAAGGUUAUUCGAAUCAUUACAUAGAUACGGUGGUCUCGGCUCCGGGGCAUCCAAGAUGGAGGUUUACGGGGUACUAUGGUAGUCCAGAGAGGCAUAAUCGGCGGCACUCGUGGGAGCUCUUGAGGUAUUUAUCUUCAAUUAAUUCUCUACCUUGGGUUCUCAUGGGGGACUUUAACGAUAUAAUGGCGGCUUCAGAGAAAGAAGGGAGGGUUCCUCAUCCUGAAUGGUUGAGGAGGGGUUUUUGUGAGGCUGUGAGAGAGAGUGGUUUGUCUGAUUUUGGGUUUGAGGGGUGUCAAUUUACCUGGGAAAGGGGUCGGGGAUCGGUGAAUUGGGUGAGGGAGAAGCUUGAUCGAGUUCUGGUGUCUGGGAAUUGGCGAGAUGCUUUCCCUAGGGCCAGAGCUUGGUCGGUUGAAGGCUCUAGCAGUGACCAUUUACCUCUAAAAUUGAGCACGAACUGGGUAGGGAGAAGGAGUGUAGUUCGCAGACCCCGUUAUGAGAAUUCAUGGGGAAAACUUCAGGAGUGUAGGGACACGGUGGUGUCGGCGUAG